UCAGUUUCUCUUCACACAUCUGUCGGAGUCGCCCGCUAGAGAUCUGCGCGGCUUCUCUCCAAUAAUGGUCAUUUUUCUCAGCGAGAAGAUCGUUGUCAGCUUUUGCCAGGAUUCUGCUCCUUCUGCUUUCUGAAUGCUGCGUUAUAAAGAAGACUCCGUCUGUUCCCACAAUGGAGCUAUAUUCUGCGUGCACGCGUAAUCUCGCUGCUCCAGAUGUGUGACUGUGAGGAGAGACUAUGUGUUCUUCAGGAUGGGUGCGAACAAUGGCAAACAGUGUGGAAGUGAAGGCAAGGGUAGCUCCAGUAUCUCCUCCGAUGUGAGCUCCAGCACUGAUCAUACGCCCACCAAAGCUCCCAAGAAUGUGGCUACCAGUGAAGAUUCAGACCUGAGCAUGAGGACGCUUAGCACUCCCAGUCCUGCUCUCAUUCUGAAGUCAAACCCUCCUCAAACAGUCCCAAACCGCCAUGAAUCGUCGUCCACGUCUUUUACCGUCACUGGCGAAACAGUGGCGCUGGUUCACCCGCCUCCAGGCUCUCGCUCACGGCCCUCCAGAGUUCCUCCCACCGCCCUCAUCGAUACCCUGCCCGACCCCGUUUUAUUACAGGUGCUGUCUUACCUGUGCACCCCUCAGCUGUGCCGCUGCGCUCGAGUGAGCCGCCGCUGGUAUAACCUGGCCUGGGACCCGCGGCUCUGGAGUACCAUUCGUCUGACUGGAGAGCUGCUGAGCGCUGACCGAGCCCUCAAAGUGCUCACCCAUCGCUUGUGUCAGGACACUCCCAACGUCUGUCUGACCCUGGAGACGGUGGUGGUCAGCGGCUGCCGGAGGCUGUCUGAUCGAGGGCUGCGUGUGGUCGCUCAGUGCUGUCCAGAACUGCGCCGUUUGGAGGUCGCAGGCUGCUAUAAUGUGUCCAACGAAGCAGUGUUUGAUGUGGUUUCCCAGUGUCCCAAUCUGGAACAUCUAGACGUAUCAGGCUGCCCUAAAGUGACCUGUAUCAGCCUGACAGAGGAGGCGUCUCUACAGCUCACACCUCUACAUGGACAGCAGAUCGGCCUGCAGCACCUGGACAUGACAGACUGUGUAUCACUGGAGGACGAAGGCUUGAGGACCAUUGCAUUUCAUUGUCCGCGUCUCACACACCUGUACCUGCGGCGCUGCAGCCGGCUAACAGACGAGGCCCUGCGACAGCUAACACUGCACUGCACUGCUUUACGUGAGCUAAGCCUUAGCGACUGCCAUCUGAUUGGAGACUUUGGCUUACGUGAGGUCGCUCGCCUUGAGGGCCGUCUACGCUAUCUGAGCGUGGCGCAUUGUAUGCGCAUAACAGAUGUUGGACUGCGUUAUGUAGCACGUUACUGUCCGCGGCUCCGCUACCUGAAUGCGCGGGGAUGCGAGGGGAUAACGGACCAAGGUUUGAGCCACUUAGCUCGCAACUGCUCCCGAUUGCGGUCCGUAGAUGUUGGACGCUGUCCGCUGGUGUCGGACAUUGGGCUGGAAGUGUUAGCACGCUGUUGUGAAGGGCUACGAAGGCUGAGUCUGAGAGGCUGCGAGAGUUUGACAGGGAGAGGGCUCAUGGCGCUAGCAGCAGGAUGUCCCGAGCUGCAGUUACUAAACGUACAGGAGUGUGAGGUGCCACCUGAGGCACUUCGACUGGUCCGACAGCACUGCAGGCGCUGUGUAAUUGAACAUACCAUACCUGCUUUCUACUGAGGGGACAGGUUGGGGACGCCAGAGGUGUCGACCUCUGAAAAACAGAUGUUUAUACUUUUUGCAUUCCUAUGACUGCCUGAUGAGAUGCAACAAGUUGGAUGUGUCUCAAAACCUAAUACGGGGUGCUUAGUCCAGGAGUCACCAAACUUGAUCCAAACUUGCUUCAACACACCUGCUUGGAAGUUUCAAGUAUACCUAGUAAGACCUUGAAUAGCUGGUUCAGGUGUGUUUAAUUAGGGUUGGAGCUAAACUCUGCAGGACACCGGGGGUGCUUCUCAAUAUCCCUCCUCUUUUCCUCGCUCCUCCGUCCUCCAUCAUAUGACUUCGGCUGCGUUCCAGUUCACUUUUGUUAUGCCCUUCACUCGCUAACUUCUCUCCGUCUCGUUUAUUCGGAUGUACGUCAUUGAUUAUGUUGCUUGAGUGCCCACUACUGGCUGAAUCCUUGGAAUGGGCUGAGUUGGAAAAUCCUAAGCCCUUCAUCACUUAGAAUACGCUAUGGAUUUGGUUUAUUGUUAACACGUUUCCCCUUACAAAAUACUUUGGUGCAGCAUUCUAUAUGUAUAUAGAUAUGCUUGGGCUGUUAUAAAUGUAAUAUAUAUAUAUAUAUAUAUAUAUAUAUAUAUAUAUAUAUAUAUAUAAUAUAUAUAUAUAUAUAUUAUAGAGUUGUUUAGGGUGGGGAUAAAUUAAACACGAUCUGCGAUGAUGUAAUAGCCAUGUCGCAUUGUGGUCUACAGAGUGACCUGAAGUGUGCACAUGAAGCAGACUCGCUCCCAAGGUCAAAAUUGAGGGGUCAAGGGUAUGUCCAAUUAAACUUCCUUCAUCCAUUUGAGGAAGUGGAACUCUCUUCAAAAUGGUGACGGGGAUUCCCCCAAAGGGUAAGUGCUUAGGGAAGUUUGUGAGUGUGUGUCUAAAAGUGAACUGGAAUGCAGCAUUGCAAACAGAUCAAACUCAGCCAUAUUGCAGGACAUCUCAAUUCUCUAAUUGCACCCACGAAGGUGAGCGAGGAUACACAGGUGUAUCCUUUGCAGAAGUGUUUUACUGACUAAACGUGACACACAUAUAAAAUUAUCCUCCCCCUUCACAUCUGCACCAAGUGCUAAACAUGGCAGAAAAUACAAACACACAUAAAUGUGAGUAUUAAGCGUCUCAUCCUUAGACCCAAGGAAAGGAAGUGAGGAAAGGAAACGAGGAUGCACAAAUAAGAAUUGAGAAGCACCCCUGGCCUCCAGGGCCGAGUCUGGUGACCCCUGGCUUAAUAAGGACCCCUUUCUCCUGAAAGGCCACUCUACUGCAGUGUUUUCCAACCCUGUUUCUGGAGGCACACAAACAGUACACAUGUCUCCUUUAUUUGACCCAUCCAUUUCAAGUUUAGGAGUCACUACUAUCAAGCUGAUGAGUUUAUUCAGAUAUCUUUGAUUAGGAAGAGUUUGAAAAUGUGUACUGUGUCUCCACAAACAGGCAUGGGAAACAUUGGCCUACUGAAAUUCUGGAGCAACUCACCACUUCUGGAGGACCAAUGUCCUGCAGAGUUUAGCUCCAACACACAUGCCUGGAAGUUUCUAGUAAGCCCAAAUACCUUGAUUAGCUUGUGUUUAGAUAUUUAAUUUGGGUUGGGGCUAAACUCUGCAGGACAGUGGCCCUUCAGGUGCAGACGUAUCACCUCUGACCUAAUGAAUCAAUUAGCUGUCUACUGCAGUGUUUCCCAACACUGUUUCUGGAGGCACACCAACAGUACACAUUUUGGAUGUCUACUUUAUCUGACCACUCAUUUCAAGUCUUGGAGUCUCUACUAAUGAGCUGAUGAGUUGAAUCAAGUAUGUUUGAUUAGGAAGAGUUUGAAAAUGAGUACUUUGUCUCCAUGAAUUGACUUGGGAAACACUGGUCUUCUGCCUUCUGAAACUCUGGGCCAAAUCAGUGGUGUCAAACCUGCUCUUGAAGGACCACAGACCUGCAGAGUUUAGGUCCAACACCACUGCCCAGAAGUUUCUAGUGAUCGUAAAGACCUUGAUUAGCUUGUUCAGAUGUAUUUAAUUUGGGUUGGGGCUAAACUUUAAUGGAAGGUGGCCCUCUGGGAGCAGGAUUGGACAACCCUGACCUAGUGAGUUCACUUGCUGUCUCCUGCAGUGUUUUCCUAUAUUGUUCCUGAAGGCACACCAACAGUGCACAUUUUGGAUGUCUUCCUUAUCUGACCUGUCUUUUUCAGUUCUGGGAGUCUCUACCAAUGAGCUUAUGAGUUGAAUCAGGUGUGUUUGAUUAGAAAGAGUUCAAUAAUGUGUACUGUGUCUCCAUGAACUUGUUUGGGAAUCACUGGUUUUCUGCCGACUGUAAUUCUGGAGCAACUUGGGUGUCAAACCCUGCUCCUGAACGAUCACUGUUCUGUUUAGCUUCUGUUUUGUAUUGGAGUUUAGCUCCAACACAUCUGCCAGGAAUGUUCUACCUUGAUAAGCUUGUUCGAAUGCAUUUAAUUCAGGGUUGGAGCUAAACUUCACUGGAGGGUGGCCCUCUUGGAGCAGGAUUGAACACACCUGACCUAGUGAGUUGACUUGCAGUCUACUGCAGUGUUUCCCUACCCUGUUCCUGGAGGCACACCAACAGUAUGCAUUUUGGAUGUCUCCCUUAUCUGACCCAUGAAUUUCAAGUCUUGGAGUAUCUAUGUAUAAGCUGUUGAGCCGAUGUACUGUGUCUCCACUAACAAGCUUGGGAAACACCGGUCUCCUGCCUACUCUGGGGUCUCAAACUUUACUAAAGACCUUAAUAAGCUUGUUCAGAUUUAAUUUUAAUUUGUUUAAUUUGGGUUGGAGCUAAACUUUGCUGGAAAGUGCCCCUCCAGGAGCAGGAUUGCACAACCCUGACCUAUUGUACACUGCAACUCAGGGGUGUCAAAUUCUGGUCAUAAAGGGACAUCUUCCUGCAGAGUCUAGCUCAGUGUCCUCAAACUCAAUUCCUGGAGGGCCACAGCUCUGCACAGUUUUGCUCCAACCCUAAUCAAACACACCUGAUCCAGGUAAUCAAGGUCUUCAGGAUUACUAGAAACCUCUAGGCAGGUGUGAGUUGGAGCUGGUUGGAGCUAAGCUCUGCAGAGCAUUCAGGAAUUGAGUUUGAGACCACUGGUCUAGCUGUAAACCUAAUUAAACAAGUUUUUCAGGAUUACUAAGAACCUCUGGACAGGUGUGCUGGAGCAGGUUGGAAAUGAACUUCAGUAUGGAGGCCCUACAGGAACGAGGUUUGAAAUUAAUGGACACAUAAACAGCAUCUUAAGCCUAACCUUGUAACUGAUUUAAGAUGGAAUUUAUAGGCCACCACUUCAGUAGCAGUUACAUGUCAUGCAAAUAGUGCACUGCACAUCAGACUGACACAUCACUCACAAUUUUGGCAGUAGCAUGUCAAUGGAAGGUCCUUAGGUUUUGAGACACAUCUGGUGCGUAAUGUUGCUUCUCGCAGAGCUGUACCAUGCUCUUGUAAUUAAAAAAAAAAAAAAAAAACUACAUGACAUAUAGCAUAAUAUUUAUCACAUGAAAGAGAUGCAUUAUAUUGUCACUGUACAUCACCAGUAAGCUGGUGUUUAAGUGUCUGAACUAUGUUUAUUUGGAUUGAUUUAUGUUGUGUUUUCUACAAAAGCUCUUUAGCUGGUUGUCCAGAGUCCAUCCAUUACAUGAUUAAAUGUAAACUUUAAAACUUUUAACAAUAUACUACUUGCUUUUUUCCAUAGAAGUGGUGAAUAAGAUGAAAGAAUUUUCUUUUGGGGUGAACUGUUCUUUUACUUAUAAAAUCUUAGUUUUCUUCAGAAAACUGAUAUCUGAUUUCAAGAGACCAUCUUUGUUCAGAAUAUCUAGGAAAAUAUGGGCAUUUGCACUUUAAAGGGCAUUACUGACAAUCUCAAAAUUAUCUAAAAGUCUUAAGUUUUUUUAUUCAAUAUCCCAGAUAACGCUAGUCAAGGAUUACAUGAGAUUUGUAAAUGUUUCAUUUUGUGAAAGCAAUAUGUUGCUGCUAAAAACACCUAAUAAAGGGCUACUUAUUUACAAU